GUCUUUAAUGUUGUAGGCGUCGCCGUCUCUGGGCGAGUGAUAGAGGACCGUCUUUUCUGUCGUAAUUUGCAUGGUUGAUGCUAAUAGAAGGCCUGGAAUGCGUUAGCAGCUCCUGAGUGGUCACCAUGUGGUGGGGUGGCAGCGAGGGUGCUGAGGCAGCCGCUGAGGCUGUUGAGGCUGCCCCAGAAAUAGAGGACAUGAAAGAACAGUUUGAUAUGCAGCAGAACCUUAUCAAGCAGCUCAAGGACAUGGUGAAAACCCACCAGAGUCAGCUGCAGGAGAAGGAGCAACAGGUUCAGCGGCUGAGUCGGGCGGAGCACGAGCAGACCUCGAAGCUGGAUAGGCUCAGCCAGCAGGUGGCCGCGCUGGAGGAGGAGGCGCCGGCCAACCAGAGCACGGCCUCGACCAGCGGCGCCCAGGGACGGCGCGAGCGCAUGCUCGAAAUCAAGCGCAGGCUCGAGGAGCAGAGGCGGGUGCAGGAGGAGCGCAGCCAAGAGCGCCGCGUCGACCUCGAGACCAUGGUGCGCAACCUGCAGUCACGCAUCGAGGACACCGACUACUGCUACGACUCGUGCGACUCUGCCGACUCGGGCUCCGACGGCGACGUCGACUACGGCUCGUCGCCGCGCAAGUCGAUGACGCUGAGCGACUCGGUGCGAGGUAAAGAGCCGGAGGAGCUGUACGGCGUCAUCCUGGCGAAGGACAACCGCAUCUACGAGCUGUCCGACAAGGUGGCCCAGCUGGAGGCCACUGUCGUCGACCUGAAGGACACGCUGCAGGAGAAGGAGUCGGUGAUCUCGGCUCGCACGGCCGCCGUCAACCUGGUGACGCGCGCUCUGACCGAGCGCGGCCAGGUGACGCUGGAGACGCUGGACGACACGCGCCAGCAGAUGACGGCCAUGCAGGAGGCGUUCGCCGUGCACGAGGCCGACUGGCGCGUGCGCGAGGAACGACUCACCCGGCAACUGCAGGAGGCCAACCAGAGGCUUGAAGCUUCGGAAGAAAACUAUAAGAAGGCCGAGUCGACCAGAUUUGAUUUGGUUAUUGCGAACGCUAAUCUCCAGGAAAAACUUGUCAAGCUGCAGGCGUCGGCCAAAGACGAGGCCGGCCGCGCGGCGGCGCUGGAGUCGGAGCUGGCUGAGGUGAAGCGGGAGCUGGCCGACUCGCAGAAGAUGGUGUUCCGCGUCAAGUCGCAGAAGCGCCAGCGGGUGAGCCAGCUGGAGGCCGAGUCCGACCAGCUGACGGCCCGCUGCGCCGAGCUGCAGCAGCUGAGCGACGAGCUGCGCGAGCAGCUGCGGGCGGCCAGCGAGCGGAUCGAGGACAAGGACCGGCUGACGGCGGAGCUGGAGGCUAAGAUCGCCGAGCUCGUGUCAGCUACGGACGAGAAGGACACCCUGGUCUCCAAGCUAACGUCAGAGAAGACCAACCUGGAGCUGCAGGUGACCGCCCUAACCUCGUCCCUGGAGGAGGCGCGAGUCGGCCUCGACCAGGCCAGCACCAGCUUGGCUGAAACACGGGCCGAACUGGAGGAGACCAGGGCGAGCCUAGAGCAGACCGCCACCAGUCUGUCCGAAACCAACGCCAGGCUGGUGGAGGCGACCGCGAGCCUGCGGGAGGAGCGUGACGGCAGCGAGGCCACGACGGCCGAGCUGCGGGAAGCCAGAGCCGGUCUGGAGGAGGCGAGGGCUGAGCUGGAGAGGGUGCGGGCCGACCGAGACGUCCCAGGUGACGCCCGUCGGCUGGAGGAGGCCGAAGCUCGUCACCUCCAGGUGACGGCGGAUCUGGAGGAGCGUCUCCGUGUGCUCGGCGAGGCGGCCGGGCAGGCGCUGACAGCCGAGAUGGGAAGUCAGGCCGAUAGACAAAUCACGGCGGAGGUGGGGAGCCAGGCUCGCAGACAGUCGACGGCGGAAAUGGCGAGCCAGGCUGAAAAGCAAGUCACGGCCGAGGCAGCGAGUCAGGCCGAUAAACUGGGGACGGCAGAAACGGGGAGCCAGGCUGAAAAGCAAGUUACAGCUGAAAUGGGCAGUCAGGCUGAGGUGGGCGGCCAGCCUGAGAGCCAGCUGACAGCUGAAGCGGUCAGUGAGGCUGACUGUCAUGCGGCGACGGUGGAAGGCGCUCAGCCCGAGACGCCGGCCGUGAAGCAGCUAGAGGCCCGGCUGGAGGUGUUGAUGACAGACCUGGACACCUCGCGACGCAUGCUGGAGGAGAGCCAGAUGGACCGCGAGGCUCUCCGGCAGGAGGCGGCACGGCUGCAGCAGCUCGUCAGCGGCCUGGAGACGGAGCUUAAGGCAUCUGAAGGCUUCUUUUCAGAGCUUCAGUUCAGCAGCAAGCAGCUGCAGGAACAGCUGGACAACGAGAAGAGCGAGAGGGAAGCUAUGCGGAACGAGUAUGAAGCUCGCAACGGCGACCUCAAGAAAAUGGUCAAGAAGCUGAAGACGAAGCUGAAGCAGGAGUUGAAGGCCAAGUCCUCGCUUGAGGAGAAGGUGGGCAUCCUGAAGCAGAAGGUGCGCGCGCAGCUGUCGCAGGAGAAGGAGUCCAGACAGGCAGCCGACGGUCAGCUCACGGAGGCGCGGAGUGCGCUGGAAUCGAUGCAGGCUCGGAGCGAGCCGCCGGCCUCAGUGGGGGUGGCCGCUGGAGGAGAGAAGACGGAGAGCGCGCAACAGCCGAUGCCGGUGCAGGAAGCCGAGGCUGAGUCACAGGCGGCGGGCACCGCGUCCGAGACCAAGCAGAAGAUGAAGCUGAUGAAGGUGAAGCUGCGCAAAGAGCUGCAGCUCAAGGCGGAGCUCCAAAAGGAGCUAUCGGGCGUCAAGCAGUCCCUUGACGAGACGCGGUCAGAGCUGCACGACGUGAGGAGCAACAUGGCUGAAGAAACCAGCCGGACGCACGAGCUCGUUAUGGCCACGGAGACAGAGCUGCGUGAGCUGCGAAACAAGCUCAGCGUCGCCGAGAACGAGUUUGCCCAGAUCGUCCGCGAGAAGGAGGCGCUGUCGGAGCAGCUGCAGGGCGCGGCCGUGGAGCGCCUGCAGGCGGAGGUACAGGGCGCAGCCGGCGGUGAAGCGCCGCUGUCGCUGCCUGAGCGCUGUGUCGUGCUGGCGCAGUUCACGCGCCUGCUGUGCCAGGCGGCGCUGGAGCGGCGGCCGCGCGCCGCUGACCUGUUCGAGCUGCCUCUGCUGCGCGCCACCGACCGCAGCAGCUCGCAGAGCUCGCUGCUCAGCGAACGCUCCGAGUCGGCGCGCAGCGAGCCGAUGCGCGACGAGGCGGUGGCCAAGGUGCGCACCCUGGAGGAGGCGGCGCAGGCGCUGAGGGCGCGUCUGGAGGAGACCGUGGCCGAGGUCGAAGCGUUGAGGACCGAGAGGGAGGCUUGGGACGCGGCGAUGACCGAGAAGGACGGCAAAAUUGCGGAUCUGGUGGAACUGACUAGUACAGGUGUCAGUCGAGAACAUUGGGAGGCGCAGUUGGCCGAGAAAGACGCUAAAAUCACCACCUUGGAAGAAACGAGGUUAAGUGUGGCUGAGGCAAAAACACUGGGGGCGGCAGUAGUGCAGAAGUGCGAUGAGGUUGCUGCCCUGCAGGAUAAGCUGGCCACCAUUGAGUCGAACCAGGAGAAGUGGGAGGCGGAGGCGGCAGAGAAGGAUGCUAAGAUCGCCACUCUGCAGGAGACGGUCCGUGAAAGCGCUCACAAGGACGAUAAGAUCGUGUACCUGCUGGAGGAGCUCACCGCCAAAGAGGCGGCCUUCGACGACGCCCGGGAGCGCUGCGAGGCGCUGGAGGCGCGCGUGGCCACGCUAUCCGCCCAGCUGGAGAGUCGCGACGCCGAGCUGGCCAGCCUGCAGGCGCAGCAGACCGCUUCCGACCUGCUCUCGGCACUCACCGAGUUCCCGGCCGGCGGCCAUCCGGUCGAGUCGGUGCUGGAGCCGCAGCUGCGCACGCUGCCGGCGGCCGAGGCGGGUGCGUUGUUCAGCGUGCCACGCGGUCUGGACCUGGUGAGCUUGCCGUCCAGUGGCUCGGAGGGUCAGCCGCGAGACUCGUCCGAAGACAACUGGUCCAUGGUGGACGAGCGGCCGUCCUGGAGGCGCAGGCAGCGACCCCCGCGGCCGGACGGCGCCGAGGAGCCCCCGGCAGGUGACGCCUCGCUGACGACUCCGGCUGGCGACGGCUGGGGCUGGUCGACCGGUGAGGAGGAGGACGAGGGAGCACCAGCCGGCAUGCCGUCCGGACAGUGGGGCUGGGAUGAGGACGCUGGCUGGCCGCGUGACGACCAGCCGCCGUCCGAGGCACUCCAGCUCGGCAACACCGAGAUGGUUACUGAGCAGUGGUCCGUGCUCAACUUCGAGAACUCGUCGCUGAAGGCCGACCUGGCCGGCAGCAUGACGGACCUGAUGGAGCUGCAGGCCAAGCUGGACGCGACCGAGGCCCAGCGCGCGGACGCCGCGUGCCGCCUCGAGCAGGAACAGAAGCUCCGAGCAGGAGCUCAGGAACAGAAGCUCCGCAGGCUCGGCGCCGAGACCGACCGGCUGGAGCGAGAGGUCGACGCUCUGAAGGCGGCCGGUGUGGGCGAGCCGCCGGCCGAGGCCCCGAGCGCCGAGCAGGGCUCGGCCUGCGGUGGACAGCAGCCGAUGUCGUCGGAUCAGCAGCAGCAGCAGCAGCAGGACCGGCCGGUGGCGCCCCCGCGGGCGGAAGGCACCCUCUAUUACGAUCAGUCGCAGCCCCAGUUCGCGGGCUACUUCGGCCAGGAGCAGCAGACGACGGGCGCAUUCUUUGACCAGGGGCAGAUUGGAGCAGAUGCUGGCUUUGGUCAGCAAGAGUACUACGGCCAGAGCCAGCAAACGAUCGGAUCGUAUGCGGCUGGCGACGACCAGCAGCCCACAGGGUCGUGCUUUGGUAAUGGUCAGCAACCUACGGGACCGGUCCAAGAUCUUGGGCCUCAGCAGUACGCAGGAAACUACUUUGGUGAUGGCCUGCAGCCGACGGAAUCGCACUUCGGUGAGGAUCAGCAGCGCAUUGGCCAGGGCGAACAGCAGACCGGGUCGCACUUCGGCCACGGUCAGCCGAGUGUUGAGGAGUACAAGUACGAAGCGGCUGUGGCGGAGAACCUCCAGACCACGGGCGACUACUUCAGCCGUGACCAGCAGCAGACCGAUUUUUCCUACAGCCAGCACCAGCAGCACGCCACACAGCACUUCGACCUUCAGCAGCAGCCGCAGGCGCUGCAGCAGCAGCUGCAAGCCGCGCUCCAGGAGCGGCAGCAGCUGCAAGAACGGCUCCAGGGCCUGGAGCCGGCCGCCGACCAGCUGCAAGCCGCGCUCCAGGAGCGCCAGGAACUGCAAGAGAAGCUGCAGGCGCUGGAGCCGGCCGCCAACCAGCAGCUGCAUGCUGCGCUCCAGGAGCGGCAGGAGCUACAGGAACGGCUCCAGGGCCUGGAGCCGACCGCUGACCAGCUGCAAGCCGCGCUCCAGGAGCGCCAGGAACUUCAAGAGAGACUGCAGGCGCUGGAGCCGACCGCCGACCAGCAGCUGCAGCUGAAGUUAGCGCUGCAGGAGCGGGACGAGCUGCGCCUGCGCGUGCGGGAAUUGGAGCCGGCCGUUGAGCAGCUGCGGGCUGCCGUGGUGGAGCGGGAGCUGGUGGAGAGAGAGCUGGAGGACGCGCGCCGCCAGCUGGAGACGGCGCACCACGGCCUGGAGCAGGCCGAAUCUGACGCGAGCCACCGCCUCAACAUACAGGCCCUCGAGUCGGAGACGCGUAUAGAGCAGCUAGAGCUGCGCGUGGCCGACCUGGAGCCGCUGGCGACGCAGCGAGAGGAGACCGAGUGCCAGCGGCAGCAACUGCAGGAGCAGCUAACCGCCGCCGAGCUGGAGUUGGUGGCGCGGCAGGAGCGGCUGGCGAGCCUCGGCGCCGACAAGGAGCGGCUGGAACGGUCGGUGGCGGACCUGACGGCGCGGCUGGCGGCGCCGCUCCCAGUGGCACCCGCCGUCGACGAGCCCGUCGUGCAGGCUGUGUCGCACGUGUUUGCCGAGGCGCCGCCGGCAGCGCCGCCUGCUUCCGCUCUUCCGUUCGCAUCGGCGCUCUUCGGCGGCUCGCAGCCCAUGGCGUCGUCCGCCGGGUUCCUGGACAGCUUCGGCAUUAUCCCGAACACCCCGCCACAGCCGCCGCCGCCGCCGGCCGUCGAGAAGACGCCGAACCUCGCCGAAGACAUCGCCGAACAGCUGAGUCUGCUGCGCGCCGAGAACGAGCAGCUGCGCGCCCGGAUCAUCGAACUGACGCCGGGCGGCGAGCGCUCCCAGCAGCUGGAGGCGGAGGUCAGCCAGCUGAAGGAGCAGCGGACGGCCGACGAGGAGCGACGGCUACGUCUGGAGACCGAGCUCGAGGAGCGCAACGCGCGGCUACUGGCGCUCGCCGCCACCGAGGAGCAGCUGAAGAGUUCCGAAUCGGAGAUCGCGCUGCUGCGCGCGCAGCUGGAUACGGUGGCCGGUCAAGGCGAGCGCAGCGACCUGGUGGAGGCGGACAACGCGCAGCUCCACUCCCAGUUGGAGGAGCUGACGGCUACCGCGCGCGCCGCGCAGCAGCUGGAGGAGGAGAAUGUGCGGCUGCGCACCGAGGCGGCGGCCGAGGUGGCAGCCGGCCGCCGUCUGCAGGAGCAGCUGCACCAGGCCCAGGAGGAGGCGGCGCGGCUGCGGGAGGAGGUCGAUCGGCUGCAGCAGUGCCGCGCCUCCGAAGCCGCCGCAGACGCCGCGCAGCGCGCCGCUGGACUGGAGCAUGAGGUGACCCGGCUGGGGGCGCUGCUCGAGGCGGCGGCGGCGGAGAAGGCGGCGCUGCAGGCGGCCGGGGCGGGACCAGAGGCCGCCCCGCAGCAGGCGGGCGAGGCGUCUACUGACGAUCUCCAGCGACAGCUGACGGAGGCGGAGGAGGCGCGUGCGGCGCUGCAGGCUGAGAAGGCGGCCGCCGAGGCCGAGCUGGAGUCGACGAAGGCCCAGCUGCAGCAGUACAUCGACUACUACCAGUACUACGCGGCGUACUACAGCCAGGGCCAGCAGCAGCCGGAGCAGGGUCAGGUGGCCGCCCAGGCGGAGGUCGAACAGUACCACGACCCGAGCCAGGCGGAGCAGCAGGGCUGGGUGACAGACGCCUCCGUAAUGCUCCACUACCCCAUCAGCGCCGAGGGUGAAGCUGCGCCGGAGCCGUCUGCGCCGCCGACCAGCGCCGAGCUCUCCACGGUGUCGCUGCUGUCGUCGCCGGCCCCGGCAGACGAGACCCCGGUGCCGGCCGACGCCGCCGCCGUGACCGAGACGGUGGUCUCGGCGGCGCAGAGCGUCAUCCCGUCCGUGCUGUCGUUUUUCGGCGGCGGCGGCGGUGUCAGCUCAGACGCUGGAGAGCAGGCGAACCUCUCGGCGCUCCGCUCGGAGAACGAGGCGCUGCGCGGCCGCGUCGCCGAGCUGGAGCGGGCGGCGGCGGCCGGCCAGGCGGCGCCCGACCCGCUGGUGGCGCUCACGUCCAGCCCGUUCCUGGAGGAGGCCGGUGCCGCUCCGCUGCGCGCCGAGUGGGGCUGGGAGGAGUUCACGCCGUCGCUGGAGGCGGUGUCGCCGGCGCCGGCCGAGCCGCGCGCGCCGCCGCCGGCCGAGCCGGCCGAGCUGGAGCGGGUGACGGCCGAGCUGCGGGCUGAACGUGAGAAGGUGGCGCGGCUCGAGCAGGAGGCGACCGCGCUCUGGGCCCAGACGGCCGCCGUCGACACGGACAAGCUGGCGGACGUGGUUCGCGAGCUGCAGACGGAGCGGGAGAAGCUGAGUCGCCUGCAGGUGGAGGCGACCGAGCUGCGGGAGCAUGCGGCCGCCGCCGCCGCCGGCGUCGAGCGGCUGGCGCUCGUCACCGCCGAGCUCGACGCGGAGCGCGAAGAGGCGCGACGCCUGCGGGAAGAGAUCCUUGCCCUGCAGGGGGAGAUGGCUGUUCUGCGGGACCAGCUGGCGCAACCGUCGACCCAGCUGGAGGCCGAGCGGGCGGCGCGCGCCGCACCGGUCGCCGACGACGCGGCACAGCUGUCCGCUCAGCUGGCCGAGGAGCUGGCUACGGUGUCGCAGCUGAGCGGCGAGCUUGAAUCGGAGCGUGCCGACGUGGCGCGCCUGGAGGGCGAGGUGCAGCUGCUGCGCGACCUACUGACCGAUACGCAGGCGCAGCUGUCGGCGGCGCGCAGCACGCCGGUCGCCGACUCGGCGCUCGGCGACCAGGCCGCCUUCUACCGGCAGAAGGUGACCGAGCUGGAGACCACGCUGGCCGGCUCCCGGGAGGAGCUGCAGCAGGCCAAGGUUAAGAACGGCCGGCUCCUGCAGAAGCUGAAGACGGCGCAGAAGGGCGCGCGCGCCCCGGCGCCAGGCGCCGACGGCCUGGAUGCCGCCCUGCUGGAGGAGCUGCAGGCGCAGGCGACCGAGGCGCGCCGCCGUGCCGAUGAGGCCGAGCGACUGGGUCGCGAGCUGCAGCAGGAGAAGACGCGCCUGGCCGAGCAGGUUGAUACCUACCAGGAUGCGCAGGCCAGGCUGGUGGACGCCAAGGAGCGACUGGAGACGGAGGCCCACGCGCUGCGUGUGGAGAACGACCGGCUACGCGGCCAGAUAACCGACAUGGAGUGGCGGCUGGCCGAGCUGGAGGAGGCCGCGGAGAGCCGCGCUGCCGCCGGUGUGACGCCAGACGCCGCCGGUGUGACGUCAGACGCCGCUGGUGUGACGUCAGACCCCGCCGGCGCGGCGCAAUCAGAGGUGACGGCGGAGGCGGAUUCGGCCGCGCGGUCGGAAUUAGCUCGGCUCGCGGAGGAGAAGGCGGUGCUGGAGCGGCGGCUGGAAGAGCUGGAGCUGCGUAACGAGGAGCUGCUGGAGCUGUACGAGACGGCAGCUGCCGCUCCCGAUGCCCAGCUGCAGCGGUCGGUGGAGCAGCUGCAGGUGGCGCUGGACGCGGCAGCCAGCGAGAACGCCGCCCUAUCGAACCGACUGGCGGCUUACGAAUCCCAGUGGCUGGCGGAGGGGGGCGGCGACGCCUCGGCGACCGCUCACCUGUUCCAUGCGAACGCGACCACGUCGUUGCAGUCCCCGCCUCUGACCGGCGCGGACCCGACUGCGCCCGCUCCGCCGCCGAUGGUGACAUCCUUCGCCGCUGCCUUGAGCAGCGCUCCCACCGACGUCUGCCAGUCGUCACUGACUGGCGCGGAUCCGGCCAUGCCCGCCCAUCCGCUGUACUCGCAACCGCCGCUGGCGGGGGCCACCCCGGCCGCCACGGCCGCCCCCGCGCCGCCAGAUCUGACCGGCGGCGCGCCUGCCGACCACCCGGCUCCUCCGGCGGAGGCCGACCCGGCGGCGUCGGCCGACACUGACCUGGCCGCCGCUCAGGCCGAGGCCGACGAGUCGGGGCUGGUGCUGCGCUCGCGCGAGGUGAUCAUCCACUCGAUGGCCGACGAGAUCUCGAGCCUGCGCGCCACCAACGCCGCGCUGCUGGCCGAGGCGGCCCAGUGGCGCACGCUGGCCGAGGAAGGCGAGGACGGCGACGUGGUGGACGGGCUGAACGAGCACCUGCGCCAGCUGGGCGAGGCGCUGCAGGGCCGUGACGCCCGGUGUCGCGAGCUCACCUCUGAGGUGGCCCAGCUGCUGGAGGAGCGGGACCUGCUGCAGCUGCGCCUCUCGUCGGCGCUGCGGUCCAAUCAGGCGCACCAGGCCGAUGUGCCCCGACCGGCAGACGAGGCGGCUGACGUGCUCCAGCUCAAAGUCAAAUUGGCGGAGCUUAAGCAGCUCAACUACCUGCUGGACAUCCAGCUGCAGGACGAGGUGGCCGAGCGCCGCCGGUUACAGAGGUCGCUGCAGUUGCCGGAAGGCGCGCAACACGGCCGACCCCAGAUGUCGCUCAGUCCAAACACUUCCGACCUGGUCAGCUCAUCGUCCAAAGACAUUUGAUGAAGUGUCGCCUUGUGAUGUUUGCGUCUCUAGUGACUUACGAUGUGUGUUGUUUGGAGGGCGUGGGAAGCCGAGUGUCCGCCGUGCAAAGGCACGGUCUCCUACACGACGCGGGACUGCGGAGCGCCCGCCCGCUGCUCUGGCCUUGUCAAACGCUGUGGUUUACUAUAAGAUCGGCGCGUGUUCAUAGUGGUGGAACUUCUGUACAGCUGCGUGUGCGUGUGACAUGUUACUUAUGUAGUGUGAAGGUGCUGCAUCUGUAGGUGGGCGGUAGUGGGAAAAUGAUAGCCAUUUCGCCUGAUUCGGCAGUUUGCGUUAUGGUGUGGGUGAAAAUCGAACAAUCAGAUAUGCUGUAAAUACGCCCCCUGGUGGCAGCGGCUGAAAGGCUUCCUCGCGGAACGCCGUGUGUUGGGUAAUGUAAACCGCGCUGUUGGG